AUGGAUCAACAAAGUGACCAUAGGCGAUCGAAGCAUCUGCUUCUUUUGCUUUCUUUGACGGCCUUCCUCUUUUUCCUCGGAGAAAAUAUCCAACAAGCCCCGCGAACCCAGAUCUACGAGACAAUCAUCUGUGACCAAAUGAUACCAUGGAACUCGGAAACCCCGCCACCGAGUUCUAGAUGUAAAAGCAAGGUCGUUCAGGAAGAGUUGGCCUUCCUCAAGGGCACAGAGAGGCUUUUAGGGGCUCUGCCGACCAUCCUCGUGAUUCCGUGGAGUAUGUUCGCCGAAAGGUACGGCCGCUGCCGUUCGCUGAGAUUGGCGUUGCUGGGCGUUCUAUGUGAGGAAGCCUGGAGCUGUCUCAUCUGCUGGCUUUCAGACUUGGUUCCGAUUCGCCUCAUUCUACUGGCGCCCUUAUUCGAAGUGGUUGGGGGAGGCCCCGCCAUAAUUACCACCAUGAUCCAUCUGUUGGCCGCCGAAGUGACUACGGAUGAAAAGCGGACAACCACCUUCUUUGUCAUUCGUGCCAUGGGGAUUGCAGCAGCAAUGCUGGCCCAGCUCACCAGCUCGUUCCUGAUGAUCCGUAAUGUGUGGGUGCCGUGGGUUUUAGGACUACUCUGCAUAUUCCUCUCGACGCUUGCCGCUCCGUUUGAGUCAACCCCCGGCUUUCAGAUUCCUCCGGAUGAGACCCCUAUUCUACAGCACAGUGUGGGUCGUAUGGGUAGCUUGGAUCGGGAUAAUGUCCUUCUCAGUAAGAAAAAUGCUGGUAUAAAGUCUCGUUUCGUCUUGGCGGCGAAGCAACUCCACGAAGGCGCAAGGACUGUUUAUGGGAACUUCUCGCUUCUCGUCUUACUUGGACUGUCAUUUCUGGGUCAGUUGAGUGAGGACUCGCUGCCUAUGAUCCUGCUGCUUUAUAUUUCAAAACGGUUUGGGUGGGAAUUUGCGCAGGCCAACUUCCUAUGGGCCUUAGGAGAGGGGGUUCAGUUUGUGAUCCUCAUUGUCCUUCUUCCUCAAAUCAGUCGGGCCCUCCUGACUCGUGUCCACAUGAGCGCAUAUGGGACCGAUUUUGCGAUAUCCAUUGCCAGCGCAACGAUGCUGAGCUUAGGCACCUUGCUCCUCGGACUGGGUGUUUCUAUUCCUGUCGCCAUCAUCGGUAUGCCUACCCGUUACUCCUUGUCUCUGAACUAUCGUUGA